ACUCUCUGCAAUACCAUGGGCACAAUAUAUCAUUAAAAAAUCAUCAUCUGACACCUCUUAUCAGUGAUAAUUCAGCUUCAGCAUCUGCAGAAUAUGGGCAUCCUGGUAAGGAUUCCAGUGAGUAUAUCCAAAAUAUUGAAGAGUUGCUUACCAGAAGCUAUUUUGGAACAAGGUCACCGAGACCAGUACAUCGUAAUCCUCAUUUUAUUGACUUGGAAUCACAUCAGAAAUUACUCGCUGCCCAGGCAAGUGUUCAUAGACCAUAUCCAGACUAUCCUUUAUUUCAUUUGGAUGACUAUGAUAAUCCAAUGAAGAAGCAUGAUUACGUAAGAGGUCAGUACGAUGGUGGAUGGGACAACAUCCCAAAUGGAUUCCAUAUUGGAGGUGGUGGAAGCGGAAGCGGAGGAGGAUUAGUACAUGCUAUGGGUGCACUGAAAAAGGGCAAAGAGGCUAAAGCAUUAUUCAUUUUAUUGGCACCUUUGAUAUUACUCGCAGUAUUUGGACCCAUUCUUGCAACACAGUCUAUGAUACCCUGGAUUGCCAGUGGAGGACUCAAUACUGUAAGUACAAUUGCUGGUGGCAAACGGAAAAGAAGAUCCCCAAUUAAUGAUCCUAGACAAAUGUUUGAAAUAGAAAAGAGGUUACAGCUCUUUAUGGAAGUUCAAGAUUUCAUUGCUAAAUCAGGAUCGCAAAAUUUAGUAGAAGAAAUGGGAAAUGCAUUUCUCAAAUGUACAAAAUAUACAGAACGAAGAAACAAAUGCCUCGAACGUGUUGCUUGUGAAUACUCUGAUGAAACUUCAGUCCUCGACCCCAAUGAAAGAAGAGUAGCAAAAUUGAUCCUGCGAAAUGUUAUGAUGAAUCCUCUGAUUCCAUCAUCACUUAAAGGACGUUUGAGUAAAGGCUCAAUGUUUGGAAAGAAGAAUCAUGGUCGGUGUAUUAACUAUUUUUGUGAAGUGAUUGAUAAGCCAAGUUCAUAAAGGAAACAUAUAUAUAUAGAGAAAAAUUGAAUUUAGUUGUCAUC